CUUUGUUAAAUAGCUUCCCCUCUAAUGGCUUUUGCUCUGGAAACAGCACCUCCAAACUGCUGCCCGAGACAGCACUCCCCAGCAUGAGGCCUGCCCUGCUCCCCGUGGCCAGGGCAACAAACCUUUGCCUUAGCUGCUUGCUUCUGCUCUCCGGGGUAGGCCGAGGUGCGGUAGCUAAGGAGCUGAAGUUUGUGACGUUGGUAUUUAGGCAUGGAGACCGAAGUCCCAUUGAAACCUUUCCUAACGACCCCAUUAAGGAAUCCUCAUGGCCACAAGGAUUUGGCCAACUCACUCAGCUGGGCAUGGAACAGCAUUAUGAACUUGGACAGUAUAUAAGGAAAAGAUAUAGAAAAUUUUUGAAUGAGUCCUACAAACAUGAACAGGUUUAUAUUCAAAGUACGGACGUUGAUAGGACUUUGAUGAGUGCUAUGACAAACCUUGCAGGCCUAUUUCCCCCAGAGGGUAUCGACAUCUGGAAUCCCAGCCUACGCUGGCAGCCCAUCCCAGUGCACACACUCUCUCUUUCUGAAGAUCGGUUGCUGUACCUGCCUUUCCAGGACUGCCCUCGCUUUAAAGAACUUAAGGAGGAGACUCUCAAAUCGACGGAAUUCCAGGAGAGGUUACAUCCUUACAAGGAUUUUAUAGAAACCUUGCCAACAUUCACAGGAUACCAUACCCAGGACCUUUUUGGAAUGUGGACUAAAGUCUACGACCCUUUAUUUUGUGAGAGUGUUCACAAUUUCACUUUACCCUCCUGGGCCACAGAGGACACCAUGACUAAGCUGAAAGAAUUAUCAGAGUUGUCCAUCCUGUCCAUCUAUGGAAUUCACAAGCAGAAAGAGAAAUCUAGACUGCAGGGGGGUGUCCUGGUCAGUGAGAUCCUCAAUCACAUGAAGAGUGCAACUCAGCCAUCGAACCACAGAAAACUUGUCAUGUAUUCUGCGCAUGACACUACCGUGAGUGGCCUACAGAUGGCACUAGAUGUUUACAAUGGAAUCCUUCCUCCCUACGCUUCCUGCCACAUAAUGGAAUUGUAUCUUGAGAAGGGGGAGUACUUUGUAGAGAUGUACUACCGGAAUGAGACCCAGCAUGAACCAUACCCCCUCACGUUGCCAGGCUGCACUUCCAGCUGUCCUCUGACGGAGUUUGCUGAGCUGGUUGCCCCUGUGAUCCCCCAAGACUGGUCCACGGAGUGUAUGACCACCAGCAAUGACCAAGUUCUAAGGGUUGCCCUUGCCGUUGCCUUUUGCCUGGUGUCUGGUGUCCUAGUGGUGCUGCUGUUUAUCCUCCUCCGCCACGGGCCCUGCUGGCACAGGGACCCCUAUCGGAACAUCUGAAUAGAUGGCUGGCUAAGGGCAGACACACCGGACCAACCUCCUGGGACACAGCAUCUCUCAGUGAUGCCUCAUUCGAAGGACAGGCUUUCACCGUGUGGACAUCACCCUCCCCACACCCUUCCUUUCGAGCCUGUCUAGAGCAGGGUCUGAGCUCAUAGAGACUCAGGGACUGAAGAAUGAGCCCCAGGUUACCUGGUUAGGUCUCCUGAUGGUUACACUCUUUAUUGUAGUGCAGGCUUCUCAUUCUCGGCUAGAAGGAGGCUCUUCUGCAAAGGAUAGUUACACUCUCUGGCACGGAUGUCUAGAAAGAAAGAAGAAAUCGAACUCCAAUCAGCCUUUUUCCUGCAAAGAGCAAAAGGUUACAAUGUGUGACAAAGACAUAGAUUAAAGAAGACUGGAAAAUGAGGACAAUUAAACUAGAAGUAGUAUCACGUAGGAUGCUUCUUAAGAAGUAAGACCCAAUUAGAAGGUAUAAAUAAAUCAUUUCUUUAGCUGUUAAGUAGAUUGAAUACAAAC